ACACAUGUAGUGUGAGCACAGCCCAGAAGAGAAGGUAGCUUCUAGACGACUGGUGUGCUUAGUGGAUUAGAGAGUCAAGUCAACUCACCGCCUUGGAACCUGUGCUCACAAGUGGACUGCUGAAAAUUAGAGAUCUUCCUUCUCAUCGUCAUCACCGUUAUCGUCAUCAAACUCCGUGUGAGCGUCAUGCUUGAGUGGCAUUCAUUGAGAUGAACAAUUAAUAAUUAUAAUGAUAAUAAAUAUUCGUACGUUUGAACUAUCAUAAUACAGAUCACACCCAGUCAUUAUAUGAUUAAAACACAAUAAAGAUCUCUUUUUGUUGACUUGCACUGAACUAGACACUCAAAACUCGAAAUAAAAAAUAAAUACUUCAUUAAAAAAAGUCAUCUAGUAAAGGUUUUUAUUAGAAAACUUUGACAAGACCCAAAUAUCUCAUGGUGACACCAUAGCCAGACUUCACUCCCGCAUUUAGAAACAUGUCUAGCUUUCUGGGGAGCUCACGAAAGCGGUUCUCCCAGCCAGAGAAGCCGCAGCCGAGGUUUGAAUGGCGUAUGCGCGUCCACAGCCUGAUGAUGGACGAGAGAGAAAAUUACGAUCCUCCCUUCGAACGGAAAUCCCAGAGAUACGACGCUGGUCGUCCGAGCAGAGGGCUGGACACAGAUAACGAUCAUAAGCAGAGGAAAGAAGAAAAGUCGGGCGACGACUGGACAGAAGAAGAGGUGCCCGCUUACCGCCGCAGAAGCAGGUUUUUGAGAACAAAAUCUGAAGGUUAUUUGAAGGUGAGGCUCAGACUGUCCAAGUUUUCGGACGUUUCUAAGAGUCAGGAUGAGCCAGAGACUCAAGACGAUAGCAGACAUCUAAGAGACCAUGAAGUAGAAGAGUACAAUGCAGAGUCGGCGUCAUACAGAAGACGUCACUUCUCUUACCAAAGAAGAGAGUCAGCAAAAGGUAGUGGUGAAAACUUAGACCAUACGCUAAGUAAAAGUCAUGAGGAGACAACUUAUCAUCAAAGAGAAGCAACUAGUAGAAAUAAUGUUCAAGACACUGCUAUUGAAACGAAGAAUCAAGUUGAUGCGUGCAAAACAAGAGUACAAUUAGAAGCACAUGAUUCCAAAUUUGGAUCGAAUGAUAUUGACCGAAGCACUGCUGACCUAAAAGCUCACAAUAUUGAUAAGGAAUCACAAGCUUCACCAGGUGCUGAAAAUCUUCAGGACGAUCAUGCUUGCGAGGACUUAAAACUUUCCGAAGCCUCUGGUGACUUACAGGCAGCCGCUGCUACAGACUACAUCGCAACAAGACGUACUUCGGAUCAGAUAGAUAGGCAUGCUUCUAAAGAAGAUAACUACAAUGCAUCUUGUGAGCUGCAGUGGAGCUGCGAAGACAUCGAGCUCAAGCUCGAUGGCAGUCAAGGAGCAAUCCCCAAAAGAUAUUCCAGCCACAGUUCUUCCAUUGCAGCAAUUCAGGACCACGUUAGCCGCGAUGAAUGCGGGGACGAACCAGAGUCGAAGUCUAAGGAAUCAGCGGAGCCAACCGGGGCAGAAUGUGGAACUCAUCCGAUUUCCUACGAUGACAACAGCUCGUGUGCGUUACAUGAAACAGGCGAGAACAGCAUUAAAAGUAACACGAGUGAUAUAACUAAACAAUUAAGCGAUGUUAAUGUUCAUAAACCAAAUCAAACCGACGGUCAUUUUCAACAGAAAAUAACACAAGACAAAGUCAAUCCAGAAGAAAUAGAAUAUAAAGUCAACCCAACUUCAGACAAAGUCGAUGCAAAACAAAACGGCUUCAUUGAGGCGCACACAGUGGGCGGUAAAUAUAAAUCAAAGGACAAAACUGAAUACCUGAACACUCAUUCGGAAGAACAUAAGAUCAUAGUGGAGGAGCUAGUAAACAGCCUCAGUAAAUCCUCAAGUGAAGAUCAUGGCGACGCGGAUGAUAUAGAGUCCCUCAUCGAACAGAUCAUAGCCGAAGAAGAAGCCAUGCUGGACGGGAAAGCCCCCAGCGCCAAGCUAAUCCAAGAGUCUUUGAAACAUAUAAACAAAGAAGACCUCUCCGCUCUUCGCGCUGAAGUCCAGACACUGCAAAACGAGAUUGACAUAUGCAACAGCGAAGCCGGCCAAGGGGUUCCCUUCUCCAGAAGCACUUCCCAGAAGGAGCAGAGGUCAUCCUCUUUGCCUUCGUGCAACUCAGACAACGACCAACAGGUCCAGGCCGUGAUGCCGUAUUCCUCGUCAUGCCCACAUACAUACGAUGCAUACGUCCACAAGCAGCAAGCAACAAAGAAGGAGGAGGACGACGAGGAAGAAGACUUUAACUCCUGGGCCUACCUCCCAGUCAUUCUCAUGGAAGACAUUCUGACCCUACUGAGCCCCAAAGAGCGUCACCAAGCUUCCCAGGUGUGCAGGCAGUGGUACGACUUGUUCUACUCCCCUCGGGUCUGGGAAACUUUCAUUCUGCUGGAGAGAACUCUCACCAAAAAGAGAUUCAAUCUGUACAAAGGGUACCAACGAGAGCUUUGUCCAGGCAAGACGCAGCUAUGCUUCAGACGCGUGGGAUCUUUCUUCAAGAGAAUCGUCGUCACGCCCAUCUCUGACUACUUCAAUCUCUACGAGUUCCUGAGAAUUCUAGCAGCAUUCCUUCAGUUCCAAGAAGAUCACGGUCAAAUCGCCAUGCCCCUGCUUCACACAUUUGACUUCACAUUUGCGUGCGCCAGCCGUAGUGAGGGAGUUGAAAUGGUCCACGGAACCGGGGGCCAAAUUUUAGAAAUGAUCAUCCAGCUUUUGGUUAGGAUGAACAACUUAAAGCACCUGAAGUUGAACCAGCUGCUGGUGGAUGUUGUGGAUGUGCCAUCGUUGUUUGAUGCCAUCGCCAACUGCUUCGGUGAAUGCCUGAGCUCUCUCGAGAUCUUGAACGUGACCAAAGUUCCGCUUCCGUUGACUGACUUGUCCCUUUUUCGCAACUUGAUUAAACUGACCAUUAGCCCGCAACACUUGAACGACGAGGUCGCCUUGCUUCUUUCUGGGCUCAACAUCAUGCAGCUGCAUCUUCUGCAGGACCCAUAUACCUGCGAAUGCGAACCAGUUUCAUCAGAAGCGUGGAAGCUGGUUAGAGAAAUAGCGCCCUGGCUGCAGGUUUACUUAGAGGUAGUGGGAACCACCCGGAGCCAGGUUCUCAUACAGCCGCGCGCGCCUGUUUACGGCGUGUUCUUACGCACUCCUUACAGCAGGUUGACCAACGACCUGGCCAUGUCCUUAGUGGAACAAUACAGUAAAACACUACGCUACUUUGUCCAGGAGCGUCUCCCUCGUGUCCACGGACCGAGGGGGUUCCACCACCGCUCGGACUCUUCCUUCCUAUUCCUUGUACGCAGGUGCUCCGUCCUUCAGACAUUGGUCAUUCGCGAGAGGAUCAGCACCUCCACACUCAUCCUCCUCGCCCAUGAAGGCAGACGACUUCACACUCUGCUGGUCAGAAAGUAUGGACUUAUUAAACGCUGUGACUGGCCCAAGUGCGGGGAAAUGUCCAAAGAGUUUUUCGCCAGUCUUAGAUCGGCUUCCCUUGACUAUAGCAAAUGCACUGAUGAAAUAUGUAAAGUUUUGAAACGCCGCUGGAAGCCCAUGGAAGACAAACCCUUCAUGAGACUGAAGAUAGUCCCUAGACUUCAAGUCUGUUAAGAAUCAUGAAAUUUGAAAGCACUUUUUGAGUUUAUGUUUAAAAAAUAAUUCUGUAUGUAAACAUGUUUACACAAAAUAUAUAUUUCAACUAUAAAACGCUCUGAAGUUGUUUGCUUAUGUGCCAUGAUGUUCGUCCUCAAGGUUUUUGGGAUUUAGGUCUGGUCCAGCAGUAUGAAAUAUGCAUUAAAAAAGACACUGUAAAGACCAUCCAUUGACCAGUGGUGUACCCUCCAUCUACUAGAGAUAGCAAAGAUGUUAUUUGCUGUUGUGGUAGUCGCUUAGUAAUAUCGUCAACUGUUGACCACAGAGUGGCAAGAUUUCUGUAUCAUCAUCUGUAUAGAUUUGGGGGUUCUAUGGUCAAGCUUAAUGUAUUUUUUAGUUGCUUUUUAUAAAUAAUAAUGGAAAAGCAUGAUAGAAAAACAAAGUUUUGGGUAACACUAAGCUAAUCCAACAAGUGUUGGGUUAAACGAAGUAUUUUUUGUAAUAUGAAAAAAGAAACUAUUCUAUAUAUGGUCUAUGCGCCACUUCCUCUAACCGCUCAAUCUGAUAAAUGCAUUUUUGUUCUAUUUAUAGGUAAAUACAUCCAUGCAUACAGAUCCUAUAUUUUAACAGUUGUUAAAGAUUACAGCGAUUUAUGUCCGCAAUUAUUUUUCCAUAUUCUAACAGAUUUGUUCAUUUUUUUCACAUUUCUGCAUUCUCCCCUGUUGUGAUUAAACUUCAAUAACAUUUUUGUUUGUAAUCAGAAAAUGUUUGACUUUUGGCCUAGAAUUAUAGGAGAAUGUAUGCUCGUUUUAUAUGUUACAAAUUAAAGUUUAUAAAACCAAAAAUAAAAUAAUUUAAUUAGGUCAAAUCCACGUUUUUAUCGUUAAUUAUAAGAGAAAGGGGGGCGUGGUGGCUGAGUGGUUAGGCACUCGGGUUCUGAGCCUGAAGUUCUGGUUUCGAAUCUAGAUGAAGGCUGGGAUUUUGAAUUUCUAAUGUGUACCUGACUUUAGUUGGGGAAAGUAAAGGCGGUUGGUCGCUGUGCUGGCCACAUGACACCCUGCUCGUUAACCGUUGGCAAUAGAAACAGAUGACCUUAACAUCAUCUGCCCCAUGGAUCUUAAGGUCUGAAAGGGGAAACAAACUAUGAGAGAAAGAUUUAGAAGUUUCUUUUAAGGCCUUUUCAUAGAUGAAUUGCUAACAGAAAGUUUGCAUUUCCAUGUGUUACGAUUUAGUUAUAUUAUAAAACAUGCUUAAGUGUGAGUAAAUGAGGAAACGACUCCUUGGUCGUGUGGUAUGCACUCAGGACUGUCAUUUGAAUGGUCAUGGGUUCCAGACCUGCUUACCACCAUCCCCCGCCUUACUGCAGGAGGUCUGGACGAGAGUAAAGAGGCCGAUCUAAGGCAAUAGGAGGGCUCAAGUGAAAGAAAAAAAAAUGUAAUUGAUACAUGUUUUGUUAAGUUCAAUAAAUAAUUGUUUAAAGUUUCAACAUGGUCCAAGAAUUGGUUUAGGAGAAAUAACGUGUUCAAUAAUAAAGAUUAUUAUUAUUAUUAUUAUUAUUAUUAUUAAUUGUAUAAGGAUAAAAAAAAACAAUACAUAUAUUUAGCCAUAUCUGUGAAUAGUGAAUGAUUAAUUUCCCUUAUUGGUGUCACACAAAAUAAUUAACUAGCAUUAAUUAAUAGACUACUUCACCAUGUUAUUUUAUUGAUUCAUGUCUUGUCUAUGCCUAUGAAUGAUUUUAAUUUGAUCCGAGAAUGGGUGUGAGAGAAAUAACGAAUAACGUAUACACACUUUUUGCUGGUGAUUGGUUUGUGUACAUUACGGCACCGCUGUUUGCUCUUUACAUUGCUGAUAGAUAUAAGUCUGUGAUUAAACUCUCAUUAGGAAAUGCAUUAAAAAUGUUUCUUAUUCAAUUAAAUUUUUUUUUGGACUUAAGUUUCAACGAGACAUUAUGUAGGUGUAGAUUUUUUAAAUAAUCUCAUUUGUUAAUCAUAAAAAAUAUUGAAUGUAUAUGUAUUACGGUGUAUGAUAACUCAGACACAUUAUGGCAUUGGUUUACCUCCCCUUAUGUUACAUGUUAAGCUGAAUGACGAGCUUGAUUCCUCAAAUAAGCGAGCUUGUAUCAUCCUUAUGCUUUGCACCAGAGUGCUAAUAUUAUUGCGCCUCAUUUAUCUAGGUCAGUGUGCUACAGAGAUAGAUCUGCAAUGAUGUAGUUUUUUAACAUUGAGUAAGACCGUGUCAGAGAAAGGUAAUGAUGGAUUCAAAGGCUCUUGGCGAAUUCAACUUAAUGAACUAUAAAUGAAUUUAUUAAACACAUUAUUAAUACUUCAUAAUGUUUGUUUACUUAUUUACACAGAGGCUUAUUUAUUCAUUUAUAAGUAGCUUGACCUAGAUACGUUGGAGACACAAUGUACAGCUACUUCCAGUGGCGCAGCAAACUAAACUGAGCAAAGUACCCGUGGGGCCGGAUUAAGGAUAUUCUUGUGGGCCCCCUCUCCGAAAUAAGGCAAAUUUAGUCUGAGACAAAAAAAAAAUUAGCUAUCUGAAAGUACUUUUAGUAAAAGACUAUCAGAUGCAAGCACUUCGAAUUAUAUAUUUUUUUUUUACAUUAGUUAGUGGUAUUUUCGAGAGAGCUUUUUAGGUUCUAUAUUAUCGGUUUUUACAAGAGUGCAAAUAUUUUCUUAACUUUGGUGUCAUCCCCAAGUGCUUAUGUGAGCCCCGACUGGUUAUGAGUCAUGGGGCCAAGCGCAAUAAACCAUUUUACGCCACAGGCUGUGCGCACCUAAUGGUCGUGGGCCCGGAUUCAUUGAACCCCUUGGCACCAUGGAUGCUACGCCACUGGCUACUUCUUAUCUUAUCUUAUGAAAUACAGACGUUACUUCAAAAAAGAAGAUGAUCACGUCCUACGCGUCAUGCAUUCAGUCAUGCAUAUUAACCAAUGACCUUAAUUCUGCUAAGUCACUGGCUAGCUCAGGCAACCCAUUCCAUGCUCUAAUAGCACUAGGGAAGAAGGAGUAUUUGUACAAAUUUGUCCUAGCAUAUGGAACGAGGGAUGUGCUUUUAUCUUUGUGUCUUUCAGAGUAUUUUAUUAAAUUUUGUUUUUGUA